CGAGAUUGCAGGGAGUCAUCGUUGCCGAAAGGUAUCCGAAAUGGAGACCAUGGUUUGGGUGUCUAUUAACAAAAGCAUCUGAUUUCAGAUCUCAACAAGGUCUCAUAGGACAAAGCAUCACAUUGAAGUGAGGGUCGGAAAAGGUUACCUCGCCGGUCAAUGUCGUCCUUGAACAAAUCAUAUCAAAGGUGUUCCUGCCUAGCAUUGGUCAUUUGAUAUGAUUUCCAAUGAUUUGAAUGGCACCUUUAGGAAUCGCGAUAUGGCCUCGAUCACUUCGUUAAUGUAGUGAAAGGCCAGUGUGCCAAAUCCCCGCAGGAAAGGCGUGGCGCUCAAAUCGAAUAAGCUAUUGUAUAGCGUGAGUAAAAGAUCGAGUUUAUUGACAAAGAAGAUGUUAGAAUUCCGGGUGAACCUGAAAUAACUGCGAUAUUAAACAUGGAGGAUCUUGAGGACGAAGUCCAGAAUUUCUUCAAUGCAACUU